AUUAUUCAUUCAGUAAUAUCCAAUACAACAUUAGCCAUGGCUUCUGCUGCAUCACCAUCUGAGAUAACAAGCAUAAAAGCAUUUGCAGAAUCAAAUGGUUCGUCUCCCAUCCCUUCCACCUACCACUCCCUAACAGAACCCCGUGAUGAUGUCGCCGACCACCUUGCAUGCUCAAUCCCAGUCAUUGACUUCUCUCACCUCACUUCCCAUGACCCUCAAAUCCACGCCUCAACCGUCCACCAACUCGCCAACGCCUGCGCCCAAUGGGGUUUCUUCCUGCUGACGAACCAUGGGAUCUCGGAGAAACUGAUGGAGGAAGUUAUGGAAAAGAGUCACGAGUUUCACAACCUUCCUUUGGAAGAAAAGGAGGAGUUUGCGGAUAAAGGGCCUUUAACAGCAAUAAGGCAUGGAACUAGCUUCCAUCCUCAAGCUGAGAAGCUUCAUUAUUGGAGAGAUUAUCUCAAAGUCAUCACACUCCCCCAAUUCAACUUCCCUCACAAACCACCUGGUUACAAGGAGAUUGCAUUUGAAUAUAGCCGAAAAAUAAGAGGUGUAGCAAGGGAAUUGCUUAAAGGAAUCUCAGAGAGCUUGGGAUUGGAUGCUGAGUCAAUAAUAGAGUCAACGGGUUUUGACUCAGGGUUGCAGAUAUUUGCUGUGAAUCUGUACCCGCCAUGUCCGGAGCCAGACCUUGCUGUUGGAUUGCCUCCACAUUCAGAUCAUGGCCUUCUCACACUCCUCACUCAGAAUGGAAUUGGAGGUCUUCAGGUCAAACACACUGGCAAAUGGGUCAACGUUAAUCCCCUCCCUAAUUGCCUCAUUGUCAACACUGGGGAUCAACUUGAGGCUGUGAGUAAUGGGAGGUACAAAAGUGUGAUGCACAGGGCAGUACUUAACAAUCGUGACACCAGGAUUAGUCUCGUGCUUGUAAAUGGACCUGAUCUCGAUAAGGAAAUUGGGCCUGCACUGGGCCUGUUGGAGAAAGAGGACCCAUUGUUCAAAACCAUGAAAUACAGGGACUAUUUUGAAAUUCAGCAGAUGACUCGAUUUGCUUAUAAAAGUGGCUUGGACGAGAUUCGCCUUAACUGAUGAUACCAGUUCUGUUAUGCUCCUUUGAAAAAUGUGUCGUUUGAUAAUUAUAAAUUAAUAACAAUGUUCAUGUAUUUGUAGGGGGUUGUGAGAGACAGAAUGUUUUUAUGGUGUUAAUUGAGAAAUGAGAAUAAUAUCACUUAUCAUAUAAGAGUAAA